UUCGUUCUGUCACUGUCAAAUUAUUUUUCUCGACUACCUUAUUUUGUUUGUAUAAAUAAAUACAAUCACUAAGAAAAUCUAAUAUUUUAAUUUAAAAAAACUUUCUUAACAAAAUGGUUUGCGAGAAAUGUGAAGCUAAAUUAUCUAAAAUAAUCACACCCGAUCCAUGGAAAGCAGGAGCCCGGAAUACAACCAAACCAGGAGGAAGAAAAGUCAAUGAAAACAAAGCCCUAACGAGCGCUCGAGAAAAAGCAAGUCCCAUGUCCAGAUCACUUGCUCCUUGCCGGAUAUGUCGCCAAAAAGUCUACCAAGCGGGAUCUCAUUAUUGUCAAUCGUGUGCCUACAAAAAGGGAAUCUGUGCGAUGUGUGGCAAGAAGUUGAUGGACACAAAGAUGUACAAACAAAGUUCUGUUUAAAACCAAUUCUAAUAUUUUUAAUUAUUGUAACUAGAUAGAUUGUUAUGAUGUUUAACAAAAACUAAUAAAAUAUAUUUAAGAUUUUUUAA